AUGUUUCUUUUACAUUGUUAUUUUUUUCAACAGGAAUAUGAAUCGUAUUACUAUGUGAAAUUUAACAAGUACCCCAAAAUAACUAAAAAAUUAUCAAGUGGAAGUAACUUGUCAAGACCUGGUGCAGCAACUGGUGGAAAAUUAUCAAAAAACAAAAGUAGUAGCACUCCCUCCUUACCACGUAUCCCACAGCCACCAGAACAAAACACUAGUAUUAAUACAACUACUGUAACAAAUACAAGUAGUGCUUCUCGCACAACGCAAGCUCGACCCAAAUCAAGCAGUGCUGGAGCACUCCGAAGACAACAGCAACAAGAUACCAGAUCACCAAAGGAUCCACAAAGACAAUUGAAUGGUAGUCUAUCUAAUGGGGAUCCUCUGUCAGAUCUAGCUGUAUCUGGCUCCACAGUCAGUACAAAGCAAGAUGAUAGAACUCAGAAUGGACCGCGGAAAUUACCUCAUGGAAGAGGACCAAUUAUUGAUAUGCGUGCAAUGUUGAAUAAUGCAAUAAAAGGUGCUGGUCAAGAUAUCGGUAAUGAGGACAGUUAUGAUGCUUCGGAACGCUUAUUGAAACCACUAGGUGGUUUUGGCGGUUACAACAUGGAAUGGAGAGAACUAGCACAGACGAUUAGUAAAGAUAUUUAUUUACAAAACCCAGAUGUGAGAUGGAAUGAUAUUAUUGGUCUAGAUGCUGCAAAACGAUUGGUUAAAGAGGCUGUUGUUUAUCCCAUUAAGUAUCCACAGUUGUUUACGGGUAUCUUGUCACCUUGGAAAGGUCUAUUGCUGUACGGUCCACCUGGUACUGGUAAAACACUUUUAGCUAAAGCAGUCGCCACUGAAUGCAAUACCACAUUCUUCAACAUCUCAGCAUCAAGUAUUGUGAGCAAGUGGAGAGGAGAUUCUGAAAAGUUAGUCAGAGUGUUGUUUGAAUUAGCUAGGUUCCAUGCACCGUCCACUAUAUUCCUGGAUGAGUUGGAGUCUAUUAUGAGUCAACGAGGUGGACAGUCUGGAAAUGAACACGAAGGAAGCAGGCGAAUGAAAACUGAGUUAUUAGUCCAGAUGGAUGGUUUAGCAAAAUCUGAUGAUUUAGUGUUUUUAUUAGCAGCUUCUAAUUUACCAUGGGAAUUGGACCAUGCAAUGCUGCGGAGAUUGGAGAAAAGAAUAUUGGUAGAUUUACCAACACUUGAAGCUAGGAGAAACAUGUUCCAAACACAUUUACCCAAUGUUAUUAAUCCAGAUCAACCCUUACAACUGAAAAGUGAUCUAGACUAUGAUUUGCUUGCACAGAGAACUGAUGGUUAUUCAGGAUCUGACAUUAAACUGGUGUGUAAAGAAGCUGCCAUGAGGCCUAUCCGCAAAAUAUUUGAUAUAUUAGAAAGCUGUAGUACAGGAGAUUCCGUACCGGAGUUAAAAGUGGAUGCUAUUACCACGUAUGAUGUGGAAUGUGCUCUCGCUCACACCAAACCUUCGGCCAUCAAGUUAAAGGACCAGUAUUUAUUAUGGCAGAAAGAGAAUGAAUCGUGCAUCAGUCUUUAGUGUAUAGAACAUUCAGAGAGGUAUCGGCUCUAAAGCAUAGUGACUAUUUACAGGAAGUAUUGUAAAAUGGAUGUGUUGUAUACCACAUACCAUACAUGAAUACCUUGAUAGGAAUAUAGAAGAAGCGUUUCCAGUGUUUCAUUUCAUUUAAUCUGCUGGUCAAUCGAUUUUGUGGUAACACAACAGAGAUCGUCAAUUUGUUGGAUUCACAAAAACACUUGUGUUAAAGCGCCACAAUCAUACAGUGCUUGAUGUGGGUUCUAUGCAUCGUUAGUUUACUUAAAUGCAGAAGGUAUAACAACUAGAUGUUUUCAGUUAGUGUAUGCUAACAUCCAUAAUAUAUGGUAUAAAUACCUUAUAUCUUCAAUGCCGUCCAUUUUAAAAAAAAAAGAUUAAUACACUGUAA